AUGGGUGGAUUAAUAUCGAUUAACUUAGAAGAAAAUUAUAAAAAAAAUGAAAAAUUUCUGCAAAGCCUCAAUGAGAUUGCGAUGGAAAGGCAAAUUCAACUACAGUAUCAAAUGCAAGAAAGACAAAGAGCGCUCCAAAUUGCUAGAAGUCGGGAUAUUUUUCUUUGGUUUUCUGCAUUUAACAUAACUGCCGCUACAGGUUUGCUCACUGGUUUCAGAAGAACAAAACGACCUUAUCUUCUGGCACCUUUGGUGCCUCUAAUGUUUGUAAACCUAUAUUAUUGGGAUCUUGCAUAUGGAAACAAAGUGCACCGAAUUAGAAUGGAAGCUGAGCACAUUAUGUCCCAUGAGUCCGAUAUGCUUGAAUUGCCAUGUGGUCUACCUACACCGUCAUCAGUUGACCAGGGACGAUUGGAUGCUGAAGAAAAGAAAAAAAUUCAUCCUCCCCUACCUUAA